AUGUCGACCCUCACAAUCCACGGCCUCAAAAAAGAGGACAUCGAUUCCAAAAUCCUGCUCCUCACACACAACCUCAUCAACAUCCACGACACAACCGGCGAGUUCUUGCUCAAACUCGAUGAUGGCCGCAUAAUCGACACCAAAGGUUGGGACGGUUGGGAGUGGACCCACGGCAUCGGUCUCUACGGCCUAUGGCACUACUACACACUGACGGGCAGCACCGCCACCCUCGACAUAAUGAAGGGCUGGUUCGACAAGCAGCUGGCCAAAGGCACCACCAAGAACAUCAACACCAUGAGCCCAUUUCUCACACUCGCCUAUCUGUAUGAGGAAACGGGCAACAAGACCUUUGUGCCCUGGCUAGACACAUGGGCAGAAUGGGUGAUGCACGGCCUGCCCCGCACAAAAUUUGGCGGCUUCCAGCACGAAACUUACAACUCGUUCAACAAGGAUGAAUUGUGGGAUGACACGCUGAUGAUGAGUGCGCUGCCGCUUGCCAAGAUCGGGCUCACGCUCAACCGCCCCGAGUACGUGGAAGAGGCCAAGAGGCAGUUUAUGCUGCACUGCCAGUACCUGUUCGACACAUCCACCGGCCUCUUCUACCACGGCUGGAAGUGGGAGGAGAAGGACGGACUGGAGGUGGGACACAACUUUGCCAAGGCGAGAUGGGCGCGGGGUAACUCGUGGCUUACGAUUGCGAUUCCCGACUUCAUCGAGCUGUUGGAUCUCAAGGAGAGUGAUCCGCUGAGGCAAUUCUUGAUCGGCAUCCUCGAGUCGCAGUGCAAGGCCUUGGUCAAGCUGCAGGCAGAAAAUGGCAUGUGGCGCACAUUGCUUGAUAUCCCCGUGUCAGAGGGCUCGUAUGAAGAGGCGUCUGCGACCGCCGGCUUCGCGUACGGCAUGUUGAAGGCGUGCAGGAAACGGUAUAUCAGCGGGGACGUGUACUUGGAGUCUGCGGUCAAGGCUAUCAAGGCCGUCAUGGGCAAGAUCAACCCAGAGGGCGAGCUGCUGGAGGUCAGCUUUGGAACCGCGAUGGGCCAUGACUUGAAGCAUUACAAGGAUAUUGCUCUAACCAGUAUGCCGUAUGGGCAGGCUAUGGCCAUUAUGGCUUUGGGCGAGUUUAUGAGGACGUUCAUCUAG